AUAGCCCCCAACCCGGAAGUCUUUACACAGUUUGAGAUGGCGGCAAACGAAGGGAAUCACAAGCGGCCGCUGGAGGAGGAUCCCAUCGUGUCCUUAGCCGAGGUUCUGGAAGAAAAUGAAGAGUUGGAGAAUGAAGCCUGCGCGGUCUUGGGUGGCAGCGAUUCCGAUAAAUGCUCUUACUCGGAGGGCUAUGUGAAGAGACAGGCAUUAUAUGCUUGUAACACAUGUACACCAAAGGGAGGACAGCCUGCUGGCAUCUGUUUGGCCUGCAGCUACAAGUGUCAUGAAGGCCAUGAACUGUUUGAAUUGUAUACUAAAAGAAAUUUUCGCUGUGACUGUGGGAACAGCAAGUUUAGUGAUCUGCAGUGUAAGUUUUUCUCGGAGAAGGAAAAAACAAACUGUAACAAUAAAUAUAAUGACAACUUCUUUGGACUGUACUGUACCUGCAAGAGGCCUUAUCCAGAUCCUGAAGACGAGACCCCUGAUGAAAUGAUUCAGUGCGUGGUGUGUGAAGACUGGUUCCAUGGAAGGCAUCUCGGUGCUGUUCUCCCUGACAAUGUAGAGUAUCAGGAAAUGGUAUGUCAGAGCUGUAUGAAGAGAUGCUCCUUUCUUUGGGCCUACGCAACACAUGUGGCAGUUAUCAAGGCAACAGAUGCUGAUAACAGUGGACCGUUGACCAAGGUGGAGGAUGGCAAUGUUGAUGUGUGUACAGUGCAGGAAAACGGAGAUUCACAUAACCAAAAAGCAAUGGCUUGUGCAAUAAAGAGUGAAGAAACUGGAGCCAAGCAUAGUGAACCCUCCACAAGCUGCAAGGCUGAGAAAUCUGAGGCAGCCAAUGGUGAUGAAGCAAGUUGCAGUGUGGAGGAGGAUGCUGGGUGCAAGCUGCAGCAGCUGAGAAAGAGAGGGGGGAUACAGAGAGACUGUGCCACCUACUGGCCUCACAACUGGCGCAACAAGUUGUGCACCUGCCCCUCCUGCAUGAAUCUGUAUAAAGAAUUAGAAAUCUCCUUUCUGUUGGAUGAGUUUGAUACAGUACUGGCCUAUGAAAAUAAAGGUAAAAGUGAUGAAGAGACUGAGAGAGAGAGAAGUGAUCCAUUGAUGACUGCCCUGAGCAACAUGAAUAGAAUCCAGCAAGUUGAACUCAUUUAUGAAUACAAUGAUUUAAAGUCUGAACUGAAAGAUUACCUUAAGAGAUUUGCAGAUGAAGGAAAGGUGGUUACAAGUGAAGAUAUCCAACGAUUCUUUGAAGAGCUUCAAUCAAAGAAGAGGCGGCGGGUGGAUGGAAUGCAGUACUUUUGCAGUUAAACUACAGAAAAGUCCAUAAAAUUUAGUCAAAGAUGUGCAAAAUGUUUCUGUAACAAUGGCACUUUUAAAAUUAACUGGUUGUCCCCAGUGUAUUUUAUUAUUGCCUCCUUGGUGUAGUUAGAGCAGAAAUGGUUUAGUGUGCAGGAGCAAUAGAAUUCAUAGUAUCGGUUCACUUCAGUAGGGGAAAGAGUUGAAAUGCAGAAAUGAAACUUUUAUAAGAAAUUAAUGGCUUGUACUAUGUAUGCACAUGUGAUUUUUAAAACUUGGUUGUAAUAAACUUGGACAAAUGACAGGCUAUUUCAACCAGGUGAGUGGGCUAUCAGAUCUGUCAACACAUCCAUGCCUCUUCCAUCCAUCAAAUACAUCACUACCCCAACAAGCUAUUUAACAGCAGUGUGUAGAUAUUGAAUAUCAAGCCACACCUGUUCUUGAAAACUUGUUCUCGUCCAGCAGCUUCUUUAACUUCAUGUACUGCCAGCAAGGGUACACCAAUAGCUUCAAUGGUGCAUUUAAAAUUGAAUCGAGGCAUUAAGGUUCAUAUUGAGAUAAAACUAGCCAUCAUUUGACAUAGUGAAUUAAAGAUCCAGGUUUCCCCCACUACCUGAGCAAUUGUUAACCUGAAACCAUGUUCUAUAAAUUGCUUCAUCCAUAGCAGUUACAGGAAGUGUCUUGUGUUAUACCCCCUUAUUUUUAAUGUUUAAAAAAAUUAAAUGCAUCUUCAACUUGAAUAUGUAAAGCAGACUGAAAUGUUUAAGCUGUUCUGUUGCUAAAUGCUUGAAUGUUCAUGGGAUGGGAAGAAUAAGCUAAUAAAAACUUGUUACUUUGCCAUAAGA